CUUUGGGGAGGCUGGGAAGGUGGCUCCAGGGUCCCACAGAGCCGAGGGAAUAGUGGUGCGCAUGGCAUUCAGAGAUGUGGCUGUGGAUUUCUCCCAGGAGGAGUGGAGCCUGCUGAGCCCUGCUCAGAGGUCCCUGUACAAAGAGGUGAUGUUGGAGAACUACAGCAACCUGGUCUCUCUGGGAAUUCCAUUUUCAAAACCAAAACUCAUCACCCAGCUAGAGCAAGGGAAAGAAACAUGGCAAGAGGAGAGAACAUGUCCACAGGUGGCCUGCCAAGCACAGGCAAAGCGGGAAGUCUGCCCUGGUCCUGUCUGCCCUCCAGAUCUCACCAAUCAGAAACUCCCUGUGCAGCCUGUGCCCAGUGACCGUGCCCCAUGGAUCUUCACACGCCUGUGUGCAACAAGUCAUGUUGACCCAGGGGACUUCUGUCACGGGGCCCAGGAGAAGCAGCAAGGAGUCUCUGAUAAGAGCUCCUGCAGAGAGAAAUCAGAAGGUGGAGAGAGAGGAGGUGUCAGGCCUCUAUCUGGAAGGACAAAGAAAAGGAGUUUGGGAGCCCUCUGCAGGCCACCCCAAAGGCAGCCAGUCAGCUCUCAGAAUGGCAUCAGAUGGGUAGGGAUGGAGGCCAGUUCAGCUCAAGCUGGGAGCACGGAAGAGCCUGAAAAGUUUCUGAAGCGGAUAGAAGUCUUGGGAUUUGGAACGGUCAACUGUGGGGAGUGUGGGCUGGGCUUCCGCAAGAUGACGAACCUGCUUAGUCACCAGAGGGUCCAUUCCGGAGAGAAGCCGUAUGUGUGUGGGGUGUGUGAGAAAGGCUUCAGUCUGAAGAAGAGCCUUGCCAGACACCAGAAGGCACACUCUGGGGAAAAACCCGUUGUGUGCAGGGAGUGUGGGCGAGGUUUUAACCGGAAGUCAACACUCAUCAUUCAUGAGAGGACACACUCGGGUGAGAAGCCUUACAUGUGCGGUGAGUGUGGACGAGGCUUUAGCCAGAAGUCAAACCUCAUCAUCCAUCAGAGGACGCACUCCGGGGAGAAGCCGUAUGUGUGCAGGGAGUGUGGCAAAGGCUUUAGCCAGAAAUCAGCUGUUGUGAGACACCAGAGGACACACUUAGAGGAGAAGACCAUUGUGUGCAGUGACUGUGGCCUUGGCUUCAGCGACAGGUCAAACCUCAUCUCCCACCAACGGACGCACUCAGGGGAAAAGCCUUACGCCUGCAAGGAGUGUGGGCGGUGCUUCAGGCAGAGGACAACCCUUGUCAAUCACCAGAGGACUCACUCAAAGGAGAAGCCUUAUGUGUGUGGUGUCUGUGGGCACAGCUUUACCCAGAAUUCAACUCUCAUUUCUCACAGGAGGACGCACACUGGGGAGAAGCCAUAUGUAUGUGGGGUGUGUGGACGAGGCUUUAGUUUGAAGUCACACCUCAACAGACACCAGAACAUCCACUCAGGGGAGAAGCCUAUUGUGUGCAAGGAUUGUGGUCGAGGCUUCAGCCAGCAGUCAAAUCUCAUUAGGCACCAGAGGACGCACUCCGGGGAGAAGCCCAUGGUGUGUGAGGAAUGUGGACGAGGCUUCAGCCAGAAGUCAAACCUCAUUGCACACCAGAGGACACACUCAGGAGAAAAGCCGUAUGUGUGCCGAGACUGUGGGCGAGGCUUCAGUCACCAGGCUGGGCUCAUCAGACACAGGAGGAAGCAUUUAAGGGAGAAGCCAUAUGUGUGCAGGCAGUGUGGACUGGGCUUUGCCAACAAGUCAGCUCUAAUCACACAUCAGCGGGCACACUUUGAAGAGAAGCUUUGUGUGUGCAGAGAGUGUGGUCAAAGCUUCAUCCAGAAGUCCCACCUCACCUUACAUCAGAUGACCCACAAGAGGGAGGAGACGUAUACAUGCAGGACCUGUGGACAAGGCUUUAGGCAAAGGUCUCACCUUAGCAGACAUAGGAAGAUGAAAUGUGCCCACCACAAACUGCCCCGGCAGCCUGCCUCUGAAGCCUGUUUGGGGCAGUCAUCUGAAAUGAAGAUGUUCAAAGAGAGGAUUCAUUGUCAAAACUCUUACACUUCCAUGAAGUAGGAAAAUGGACUUCAUAAGACCUAUGGACAAUAACUCAGCCUAUUUCCUUUCCAGACUCAUGUUGUGUGGCCUUUUGUCUAGUAAACUUUGCUUCUUUACAAAUUU